AUGAACCCGUCCUUGGAAAGCGGCCCUUCAUCCACACUCAAUUCACAGCGAACACCACAUCAGCACCAUCAGCACCACCAGCACCAGCACCAGCACUCCUCACACAAGACCCCACACUCAUCUCAUGCUCCCCACCUAGAGGACUCGCCUGUCGUCGGACGUCAGAGAGUCCGGACAGAACCCUCAUCCCGUCCCCAGCAUACGCACGCCUCCUCUUCUGGUUGGCUUGGUCCGUACAAUGAGCAGCCCUCGCCUAUUUCGAGAGGCAGGUCGCCACGCAGGCCACGGAUUACAGGCAGUCAGCAUUCAUCAACAGCAUUAGAGCGCGAGACCGCGGGUGUCGGCAAUGGAUCGACGCUAUCUAUCGAAGGACAUGACAGGAUACUAGACACGCACAGGGCGCUAGGAAAUUGGCAGAAGGACGGCGGAUAUAGCAGCGGCAGUAGUAUCAAUACUGCAGAGGUUGCUGACGGAAGAGGAGAGCUAGAUCUCAUAUCGAAUGAUGCAGAGCUUACAAGGCCGUCGAUGGAGCCCUCAAACAGUCUUCAGAGCUUGGUAGAGUCCAUUGACGACGAUCAUGUCUUUAAGCUGACAGAGAUGACUAAGAAGCGGGUCGAGCACAACAAUCCAACACAAAAACGACAGCGCGUCGUCUCCUUGCCCGCCACUGAGGCCUCAUUAGCCGCCAAUUUUCAGCCUUCUGAAAAGACACUCCAGUUCUCCAGCUCGUGUAAGGCCUAUCUGGAAUCAAAGUACACACAAUUAUACCAGUCUAUCGAUGGCGGGCACUCGAUCAAUCGUUUGCGGAAACUACAUGAGAUUUUACCACAGCUCAAAACAACAUCGAUAUCAAAGCCUGCAUCCGAUAGCAAGACUUCAAUGGAUGCGGGCCAGCAACGACCCCGCAAACUGAAGAGCGAUAAGUAUCGCUUUGUGGAUAAGGUCGAGGAGUCGAGUUGCAUAUGGGACGUGGAUCACAUGGAGGCAAAGGCCGCUGCUCAAGCUGCAGCCGAAGCGGCAGCUCUUGCAAGGCGACCCGCCAUAGCGAGUUCGAGGCAUGGAUCACAGAGCAAUCUUGUCCAAACAGCACCAUCGAUUUUGCGCAAUCCUAGUCAAUCAUAUCUGUCAUCGACGUCUUCAGAGAGUCUGGCUAUCGAAUCGUCAUUAGUGAUGGAAUCUAAGGAACUGUCAGCAACCACUCCGAACCCGCCGUAUCAUAAUCCAACUACAGUCGGAGGUGGAUCCAACGUACCUGCUGCUAUGUCACCAUUGAGCCAUGAUAUAUACAACGCAAACGGUAUUGAGUUUUCAACCAUGGAGACAUCGCCGUCGAAGCGAAACUCGUUCCUGGGAAUCUUUGGCGUACGCGGCAAGAAGGUCGGACCAGAUAUCGAUCACUCGAUCCAUGGCGAUUCGCCACAAUCUUCCGGCUACGGUAGCCCACGGAUAACGGCUACAGCAUCGACACAGGAGCGCCGGUCGCUCGACAGUCAGCACAGCCCUUACGUCCAGUCGGCGCAUACAUCUACUCAGGGCCAACGGAGCCAAGCGAUAACAGAAACAGCUUCAUCAUCAAUUGCUACACCGCAUUCAGGAAUGGCACAGGGCAACGUAAUAUCUGACACGCAAACAAAGCAGAGAGCAUCGCUAGAUGAAGUUGCCCGUGUUGAGUAUGGGGAAGGAGGUGGUAUCGCAUUGACGGAUGACGAAAAUAGUGGAUGUUGGACGCCACCGUCUCAAUGGCCACAAGGAGAACGCAUUGAUGACAGUCAGGAUGAAAGCGAUAACCAAGCAGCAGCUACCUACAAGCGGUCAUCCUUGCUUCGACUCAAGGACAAGAUGACAUGGAAGCGCGGACAGAAGGCUCUUUCGGCCAUCCAGCAGGGCGAGCCGUAUCAGAAUACUACUCCGACAAUCCCUGUCCAAGGAAGAGCUUCCUUGUUCGACAUCAGCAAAUCAGUAGGAAAGAAGGUCGAUCCUUCCUUGGCCUAUCUACAGGGGCAAAAUUUUACCCGUACAUCUACUAGCGAACCCUCCUCUAGCAGAAACUCGAUGGAUAAUUCUGUUCGACCUAAGUUGAAUAUCAGGGUCCUGAGCAGUAGCUCUUCGCCUGGGCUGGACCCAGUCAAGAGUCCAGACGGUGUCAUGGUCAAUUCACCACGAGUUGUUCCAAGUUCCGGUCUCUCUGAUGUAGUCAAUCGUACAGACAAGUCUCCCAGGGUCAAUCCUGCGUCGCGGAUGGAAAGAUCGCCAUUAUUGAACCCCUCCAGGACCGAAAAGUCGCCACUGUUGCCGGCUUCGACGUUCGCAGGAGAGGAUAUUGCUGGCAAUGCAGUUCUAGUUCACACAGAUAUCUCUAAGCAGGCCGCAUGUGUGGCGUCGCAGUUGCUGAUAGACGUGGAGCGGAUCCCCAAGAGGCUUCUCCAGCGCCUGAAGACUCGACCGGAGUUGGCGUCGAUUGACUGGACUGCAGAUACAGUGGACUUGAGUGCACUUUGGACAGCAUCUGAACCACCUCCAACAUACGAAGAGCACAUCGGUAUCUCUGAUAUGAUGAAAUCUUCCAGCCUAUACCCGAGUCAUCUUGACGAAAUUGACGUUCUGGAAAUCCGCUUGACGCUGGGUGUUGAGGAACCAAAGGACCAUGAUGCAAAGAGCCGGGCACGCAAGUGGGAUCUGUUGGAGUUGAGGGUCGAGCAGGAGUUGGAUAAUGGCGAGAAAUGGAUUAAAGAAGCCAUGAGCUGGUCUAGAGGCAAGGCUAGCGCUAUCGAGAGACAUCAGCAAGCUGAGAUAGCCAAUAGCGGAGCGUGGAAUCUGGAUGAGAAUACGCCCUUGUCCGAGGAACCAGAAGCCGAGGAAGCUCCUGAUGAAUCCAUUCCUUCAACCUCCUUGGAAGCUAGCGGCGGCGCCAGGUUCAAGCAUAACCAACUUUCACCUCUGGAUGCGAUCAAGGACAGGAGAACACGUCGGGGAUUGUCUGUGUCCUCUGUGCGAGAUCUGAGUGGUUCCAUGUCCUCUCUCCACACCUCGGCGACCUAUUCCUUCCAAGCCAGUGUGCAGAUAACACGGGAAGCUGUCGAGGAGAUGCGUGUAUAUGUGAGAGAGUGUCGCCAGCGGCUGGAGAUACUCAAGGCCGCCUCGGGCGCACAGCUUUACGAGAAGGAGCAAUUCUUCAAGGAUGUUGUGGACAAGUUCACGGUGGAGUGGAACGAAUCGUACUUUGUGAAGUUAAAGGAGGUCGAGGACCAGAUCCAGAUGAUGAACCUCAAGAGGAUCGAGAACCCCUGGAUGGAUAUGCUUCUUAUCAUGCUGUCGUGGUUUAUCCGAGGCCUGUUCUACCUUGUGGAGGGUGUGACGAUCGUGAUCAUCAUCAUGCGGAAUGUGUGGGGCCAUGCCAAGAAGGGCUAUGGAGUCGUGCGUAAGGCUAAAAGGGAGCAAGAGCGACUGAGCCAUUAUAAUGGAGGGAAGGUCGCAGAAACUGCAGAUAGAGCAAAUGGCUCCGAAUCUGCUAGCGCCCAAAACGCAAAAAGUCAGGAGGAAGGGAAAGCAGUCGAUGUCGCUGAUAGCCAGGAGCAAGGCAACGGACAUGUCAAUGGGGGGGUCGAACUUGUGGGAGAGUGGGCAAAGUAG